UGAUGAAUGACGCUGAUCAUCCGUCCCCACCGUAUGGGGGCAAGUGGUCGCGCACGUGUGUGAUUGGUCGUCGCCGGGGCAGCUUGUCUCGAGAUACCUCAAACACGCAAGGCAACCUAGACAAGAAGCCCUCGGAUCUCUCCUCACAACUCAUCCCAUCGAUACGUAUCGCCUGCGGCUCUUGUAUACCCCGUGUCUUUCUCCUCCGCCUGUAUAAGAGCCUCUCUUGGCGGAUCCUGGGCCCGCUCUCUCACAUCGCCGCCAAUGCGUAGGUGAUAUCAUCGAUCUCAACCUCCGGUACGCGGCCGCCCUCUUUCACGAUAGAAGCUCAAGAUGGCGCCACUGUCAUCGCUGCUGCGCCUUUCAGCGCUGUUGGCAUACGUGGGCACCGUUGGCGCUGGACUGCAGACCCCGAAGUUCAACCGGAAUUCCACGACUGUAGACCUAGUUCCUGACGUGUUCCGCCUCUACGAAGAUCGCCCGGACGACUGUCCACCCUGCUUCAAUUGCAACCUUGAGGCGUUCACUUGUCACCAGUUCGCCAACUGCACCGCAGCCACUGGAAGGUGCUCGUGCCCUGAAGGUUGGGGAGGGGAAGACUGUUCGACUCCGCUGUGCGGUUCACCCGCAGACGGUAACAACAGAAAGCCGCGCGAGGGAAAGACGUGCGACUGUACGGAUGGCUGGUCGGGCAUAAACUGCAACAUCUGCCAAAGAGAUGAUGUGUGCAAUGCUCUGAUUCCGGGAGGAGAGGGAGGGGUCUGCUUCGAGGGCAAAGUCGUGCAUAAGAACUAUCAGAACUGUGACAUUACAAAUAAAAAAAUCCUGGAACAGCUGAAGGACCAAAAGCCCGAGGCUACAUUUUCUUGUAACACGGCGGAUGCGACAUGCAACUUUCAAUUUUGGGUUGACCAGCGUGAAUCCUUCUACUGCGCUCUCGACACGUGUACCUUCGACUUCACCGUCGAAGCAGACCGCAACAUCACCGAAUACACGUGCGAACAUAUCAAAUGUGCCUGUGUUCCAGGCCGUAUGCUGUGUGGCGAGAACGGCUCUGUUGACAUCGGCGACUUCUUAAAGUCAGAAAUCAAAGGGCCCGCCAGUUUCACCUCUAAGAGCACAGUCGGUGGAAGCAGCAGCGAUGGCAGUGUCUUCUCAGAACCAGAGAUGAACAAGCUUAUCUCUGCUGUUUUUGGCGACGAUGCUAUCACAUUGCAGUGUCGUUCGGGAGAAUGCUUGCACGAGACUGAGGUUCCGGGCUACGAACGGCCGGUCAAGAAGAUAAACACACCUUUGAUAGCUGGUGUGAUUGCAGGCUGUGCUCUCUUCGUGGUUGCUGUUGUCCUACUAGUCUGGUACAUGUCACGACGCCAGCACCGUUACGGUCCUAUUGCCCUCUCGGACGACGAAGAUGACGAGCAGUCGAAGCUCAUGGUCGACCACAAGCCAGCAGCCCUGUACUUCCAGAAUGUUUCGUACCGAAUCAAGGGUAAGCAAAUUCUGCAAGACAUUCAAGGCGCGGUGCAUCCCGGCGAGUUAUUGGCCAUCAUGGGGGCUUCAGGCGCUGGCAAGACGAGUUUCCUAGACAUCCUUGCCCGUAAGAACAAGCGGGGUGAGGUUUCCGGGGACUUUUACAUCAACGGAGAGAAAAUCUCGGACGAAGAUUUUAGGAGCGUUAUUGGCUUUGUGGAUCAGGAGGACACGCUGCUGCCAACCUUGACCGUUCACGAGACUAUCAUGGACAGUGCUAUGCUGCGACUCCCUCGAGAGAUGAGUUACGCAGCGAAGCUCCAGCGUGUGGAUGAUGUAGAGAGGCAACUCGGCAUUUAUCACAUCAGGCAUCAGAUCAUAGGCUCGGAGGAAGGGCAACGAGGCAUCUCCGGUGGUGAGAAGCGUCGCGUUGGUAUUGCUUGCGAACUAGUCACUUCACCCAGUAUCCUCUUCUUGGACGAACCGACCAGUGGCCUAGACGCGUACAAUGCGUUCAAUGUUGUGGAAUGCCUUGUGAACUUGGUCAAGACCUACAACAGGACCGUUGUUUUUACCAUCCAUCAACCCAGAUCGAACAUUGCCGCACUCUUCGACCGGCUUAUACUUCUAGCCAAGGGCAAAGUUGUUUACUCCGGACCAUUUUCUCAGUGCCAGUCGUACUUUGACGACAUCGGCUUUUCUUGCCCUCCGGGCUUUAAUAUUGCUGAUUAUCUUGUCGAUUUGACAAUGCACGCUGGCAUUCCCAGGUCACCAAUCCAUGAGGAUUCUUCUGUAUUCAACCCCAGAGAUUUGCCACCUACCCGCGCAAGUAGUACCAUCGCAAUAAAGUCAGUGCCAAGUGUUAGCGGAAGUAUGGGUGUGGAGUCGACUGGCAGUCCACCUGAAUCCCAAUCUCUGCUGCGACCAAAGUAUCCGCGCAAGACCUCUAUCAGACAGCAGCAAGAGCGACAGCUCUUCACUCGCAAGAAACCCGUCGAACAUCAUCCUCCUGAUACGCCGCAAUCCGGUGAUGAUGAAGGUGCGAUCCCAGAAGCUAGGAUGGAUAGUACGCAUCAAUGGCUAAGACUGUCGCGGCAUACAGGAACGUCAGCCAAUAUUGAGGACCCUGACGACCUACUCGAGUCAUUUGAGGAUGGAAGUAAUCUUGAGAUGCUCGUUUCCGCCUACAAAGCCUCUGAAAUUGCUUCGAACAUUCAAGUUGAUAUCGCAACAGCGAUUGGCAAUGCUGCGUCAGCUAACGGCGCAAACGGUUCUACAACCGAACCUAAUGGCGCAAUCAACUCCAACAAGGUCAAAGGGUACCACAAGACUGGCAUUAUGGGUCAAUUCGUUAUCCUCUCGAAACGAACGUGGAGAAACUUGUACAGAAAUCCCAUGCUCAUGCUUACGCACUAUGCUAUUGCGAUCGUACUGGCUGUCUUCCUUGGCUUCCUCUUCUACGGGCUCACAGACGAUAUCGCCGGCUUCCAGAACAGACUUGGAUUAUUCAUCUUCCUGCUAUCUCUGUUCGGUUUUUCAACGCUGACAACACUCUAUGUGUUUGCCUCGGAGCGACUGCUAUUUGUCCGCGAGCGAGCUAAGGGCUACUACUCUCCCUUCUCGUACUUCAUGGCCAAAGUCAUUUUCGACAUCAUUCCGUUGAGAUUGAUUCCACCACUAAUUAUGGGAGCUAUCGUGUAUCCCAUGACAGGUUUGAUCCCUCAGUGGCCCGAAUUUUCCAAAUUCAUCGUCUUCCUCGUCCUGUACAACUUGGCUGCCGCGAAUAUCUGUCUUUUCAUUGGUAUUCUAAUCAAGAACGGAGGCGUAGCGAACUUAAUUGGCAGCCUGGUUAUGCUGUUCUCGCUGCUCUUCUCAGGUUUUCUGCUCAACAAGAACAGUAUUCCGCCGACAGUGUUGUGGCUGCAGAAGCUCUCCAUCUUCCACUAUGGCUUUGAAGGUCUCAUCGUCAACGAAGUUCGCCCACUUAGUCUAAUCGAUCACAAAUACGGCCUAGACAUCGAAGUACCCGGAGCCGCUAUACUAAGCUCGUUUGGCUUCGAUAACGGUGCCCUCAGGAUGGAUGCAAUUGGCCUUGUUGUUUUUUGUGGCGUGUUCCUUGUGCUGGCAUAUGCGAGCAUGCACUUUUUGCUUGUAGAGAAGCGGUAGUUGCACGGUUGGACUGCGGAAGGGCUGGAUAAUAUUGAGGCUGUUUUUUUCUUUUGUUUAUGCAAUUGGUGCGAUACACAUGCAUAGGAAGCCAGAGGCUAACCACGCAUUAUGGCGUUUUUAAUGUGAUUCAGGGAACACAAACAUAUAGAUGAAAUCACAUGAGCUGCAUUACUCUUCGUGGUGGCAUCAAGUACUCCGUUUGCA